AAGUUAGGGCGCCCUCUAGGUGUCGAAAUACGAACUAAAAAUUACAGUUCAGUGUAAAAAUAGGCACUUCCGCUCUUUUCUACCCAACUCGCGGAGCAAAAUGCAGCAAAAGCGCAGAGAACCCGUGCAGGCCGUUCAAGUCUUCGGACGCAAGAAAACCGCCACUGCCGUUGCUUACUGCAAGCGUGGCAAUGGACUCUUGAAGGUGAACGGACGUCCUCUGGACCAGAUUGAACCCAAAGUUCUGCAAUACAAACUGCAGGAGCCUCUCUUGUUGCUCGGCAAGGAGAAAUUCGCCGGCGUCGACAUCCGCGUGCGCGUCAGCGGUGGUGGUCACGUAGCUCAGAUCUACGCCAUCCGUCAGGCUAUUUCCAAGGCCCUCGUUGCCUUCUACCAGAAAUAUGUCGAUGAGGCCUCCAAGAAGGAAAUCAAGGACAUCCUUGUCCAAUACGACAGAACUCUGCUGGUUGGCGAUCCACGUCGCUGCGAGCCCAAGAAGUUCGGCGGUCCAGGUGCCCGUGCUCGUUACCAGAAGUCGUACCGUUAAUCUUUCUGCUGCUUUUCAAAUUGGAUUAGAUAUUUUGUACAACUUGAAAAUGUUUGUAUGCCUUUUUUCAACUGAAGAUGGCGUGUGAAUAAACGGAAUAAUUAACUUUA